CUUCCAUGAACCUUCGCCCUGGACUCCUUGCCUUUUUGCUUCUGCAUGGCAUUCUUACUGUACAAUGCAGAAACCUCAUUGGCCCUGGAAACCAGGGUUUUCAAUCAAAGGAUGAUUCAAGUAUCCAGAACAGAAUUAUUGCUUUAUUGUUGCAUAAAAACAUAAUUUCAGACCAAGAUGAUGACAAUGGACUUGAACUGGCCAUCAGGAUUGCACAGCUACAAGAGGUGGAAGCCCUGCGAGAAGAGCUGAACAUGGAGAAGCAGCUGGCAUCCAGGCCACUGGAGAAAGAGACUCCUCUGCCCAGCAAAAGGGGAGAGGCAUGUUUUUGGAAGUAUUGUGUAUGACCUCUACAUUUGAAGGAAGAAGACUUUAAAUAUCUACUGCCUUAAGAUCACUAUAGCAGAGAAACGUGGAUAUAUAACAGAACAGAGGAACAAUAUGUAGAAGCCCACUGUGAAUUAUUACAUGUAUUUGUGUUUGUUUACCAGAGCAAUUUGUAUUAG